AUGGCCUCGUCUCCAUCCCUCCCUCUUCUCCUCCUCUUCCUCUUUGCCGCUGUUGCCAUUGUGAGCAGCGAUGAACCCAAGGAGAAUAUGACCCACCUGCACUUCUAUUUGCACGUCUACUACGGCGGCCCCAACGCGACCACCGUCACCGUUGUUAGCCCACCCGGCAACAGCACCUUCGGGAGCAUCGGGGUGGGCAACAACAUCCUGAAGGAAGGGCCCGAGCCGAGCUCGAUGCUCAUCGGAAGGACGAACGAUCUCACCGCGCAGGCGUCCAUAGAGAGCCCGUCGUACCUCUAUAUGUUGAACUUCGUGUUCACCGCCGGAGAGUACAACGGGAGCAGCAUCGCCAUCGUCGGCAGGGAGGUGAUCGGCAUGACCUCGGAGAGGACCAUUGUCGGAGGGACCGGCAUGUUUCGGAUGGCGCGGGGUUACACGGUCAGCACUCUCAUCAGUUCAACUGGAACCACCGAACUCUUUCUUGUGUCAGAGUACUAUGCUUAUAUCUAUCACUAG